CGGCACGUGCCAAAUUUCGCGUCGAGGUUGCUUAACCUUCUUUCCUGCGACCACCACCAGUGGCUUCAUCGUUGAUAUCCCGACACCAUGAUACAGACAGGACUGAUUCAAAGUGCCCAUGCCGACCUCGUCACUGAUGCUACAUACGACUUUUAUGGCCUCCGCCUAGCUACUUGUAGUUUGGACCAAAGAAUCAAAAUAUGGCAGCUCGAUGAGCAGAACGGGACAUGGUCCGUCGAGGAUGACUGGAAGGCGCAUGAUGCCGCGGUAUCCAAAGUCAGCUGGGCACAUCCCGAAUUCGGAUCCAUAAUUGCAUCUUCCUCGUUUGAUCGUACCGUCAAAGUAUGGGAACAGGUCCUCGUCAGCGAGCUGAACGGCGCAGCUGCUUCCCAAGCAGGACCGUCCUCGUCUCGAUGGGUGGAAAAGGGGAUCCUUCAUGAAGCUCGAGGGACCGUGCGGGCCGUGGAAUUUGCACCUCAUCAUUUUGGGCUGAAAUUGGCAACGAUAGCGUCCGAUAAUUUUCUGAGAAUUUACGAAUACUACGAAUCUCCUUCUGGGUCUCCCUGGCAGCUGGCAGAAGAAAUCGAUGUGAACACUGUGCCGACGUCGUCCUCUCCUUCUUUCCUUUCCCGAGCGCAUACAGCUGCUGUCGCGACGCCAACACAAACAAGUUCUAGUGCAGAAGGAGCUCCGGCACCUCUCGUCGCUCAAGCCCUUCUUCAACAGCAAUCUACAAGCCAAACUAGGCCUGGGGGAGGCAACAGAGAGGCAGACGGUGGUUGGUGUGUCUCUUGGUGUAAAGACAGGUAUUGGGGAGAGGUCCUGGCGACCAGCUGUGGCGUCAGCGGAGUGGUCAAGAUCAUUCAACUCUCACCUUCCCGAAGACCAGCAACUAUCCUUGUACUGGAUCCCUCGCCUGCUGCCCAGAACGGCACACCAUCCGCUGAGCCUUCUGCGACACCCGGCCAGACAGAAGCAGAACAUCCGACUCCGUUUGCUAUCACCUCGGUCGCGUGGGCUCCUUCAUGCGGUAGAUCGUACCAUCUCAUCGCGACCGGAGGACGCGAUGGGCGUGUGAGAAUCUGGAAAGUGAAACCCUCUAUCGAAGAACCCGAAACCGGCGACGAGGAUGCCGUGGACUCCGAUGAAGGAAAUCGGUGGUCCGCCACGAUCGUGGCUGAUUUUGAUCAGCACAAGUCUUCCGUGGGUCGUGUGGAAUGGAAUGUAACGGGGACUGUUCUCUCAUCGGCUGGUAAUGAUGGACGCAUACGAUUGUGGAAGGCUACCUCAGGAGGCAGCAUAUGGCGACCCGCGGGGAGCAUCGGAGUUGAACAGGCGGAGGCGGAGGACAAAACUCAGGGCGAGGACAAGGAUGUGGAGAUGCAUUCAUGAUAAUAGAGUCGAGAUCAUUUUAGCUCUCAUCUUUUUGAUUCCGCUAAAUGCUCAAUUGCCUACAGUUAUGAUCCGUUCCUAAUCUUUGACAAUAAUAUCAAUACUGAAAGUCAGUCGUCAAGGAGAAUUGUACCCGAGAGAAGAAUGGUUGCAAAAGAUUGUGAAUACUGAU